UGGGAGAGACAGCUAGUCAUUCCUCGUUGUAAAAGCCAGUGCUGCAUGCGCUGAUCUCCCGGCUAUUGUCUCAGCAGCUGAAGGCUCAAGUCGUCAGGCAGGCAGUCAGUCAGGAAGCAUCUCACAAUGAAACGAGUCUGGGUGAUAGGGCUUCUUUUUGCACUCUUAGCAUUUGCUGCUGUAAAGGCAAAUGAUGAACUUGACGUUGACGGGACAGUAGAGGAGGACUUGGGUAAAAGCAGGGAUGGCUCCAGAACAGACGAUGAAGUGGUGCAGAGAGAGGAGGAGGCAAUCCAGCUGGACGGUUUGAAUGCAGCUCAGAUUAAGGAACUCAGGGAAAAGUCUGAAAAACAUGCCUUUCAGGCUGAAGUUAACCGUAUGAUGAAGCUGAUCAUCAACUCUCUCUACAAGAACAAGGAGAUCUUCCUUAGGGAGUUGAUUUCCAAUGCCUCGGAUGCUCUGGAUAAGAUCCGCUUGUUGUCCCUAACCAACGAGGAUGCAAUGGCCACAAAUGAAGAGCUGACCAUCAAAAUAAAGUCUGAUAAGGAGAAGAACAUGCUGCACAUCACUGACACUGGUAUUGGAAUGACCAAGGAGGAGCUAGUAAAGAACUUGGGAACCAUUGCCAAGUCAGGCACCAGCGAAUUCCUUAACAAGAUGACAGAGAUGCAGGAAGAGGACCAGUCUACCUCAGAGCUGAUCGGACAGUUUGGUGUCGGUUUCUACUCUGCCUUCCUUGUUGCUGACAAGGUCAUUGUGACAUCAAAGCACAACAAUGGCACACAGCAUAUCUGGGAGUCUGACUCAAAUCAGUUCUCUGUCAUUGAGGACCCCCGUGGGGACACACUGGGUAGAGGAACCACCAUCACACUUGUCCUAAAGGAGGAGGCCUCAGACUACCUGGAGCUGGAGACCAUCAAGAACCUUGUCAAGAAAUACUCUCAGUUCAUCAACUUCCCCAUCUAUGUGUGGGCCAGCAAGACUGAGACGGUUGAAGAGCCCAUUGAGGAAGAUGCUGACGCAGCAGAGGAACCAGAGAAAGAGGCUUCUGAAGAUGAGGCUGAAGUAGAGGAAGAAGAAGACAAAGACAAAGACAAACCAAAAACAAAGAAGGUUGAGAAGACUGUGUGGGACUGGGAACUGAUGAAUGAUAUCAAGCCCAUCUGGCAGAGGCCUGCUAAGGAGGUUGAGGAAGAUGAGUACAAGGCUUUCUACAAGACCUUCUCAAAGGACAAUGAUGACCCUAUGGCUCACAUCCACUUCACAGCUGAGGGUGAGGUCACUUUCAAGUCCAUCCUGUUUGUGCCCACUUCAGCUCCCCGUGGGCUCUUUGACGAGUAUGGCUCCAAGAAGAACGAUUACAUCAAGCUGUUUGUCAGGAGAGUUUUCAUCACAGACGACUUCAAUGACAUGAUGCCCAAGUACCUGAACUUCAUCAAGGGAGUGGUUGACUCUGACGACCUUCCUCUGAAUGUGUCCAGAGAAACUCUGCAGCAGCACAAACUGCUCAAGGUUAUCCGCAAGAAGUUGGUCCGUAAGACUCUGGACAUGAUUAAGAAGAUUGCAGAGGAACAGUACAACGAUAAGUUCUGGAAGGAGUUUGGCACCAACAUCAAGCUGGGUGUGAUCGAGGAUCACUCCAACAGGACCCGUCUCGCUAAGCUGCUGCGCUUCCAGACCUCCAACAGUGAAACAGACCUGGCCAGUCUGGAACAGUAUGUGGAGCGCAUGAAAGAGAAGCAGGAUAAGAUCUAUUUCAUGGCUGGCACCAGCAGGAAAGAGGCUGAGUCUUCUCCCUUUGUUGAGAAGCUGCUGAAGAAGGGCUAUGAGGUCAUCUACCUGACAGAGCCUGUGGAUGAGUACUGCAUCCAGGCACUGCCAGAGUUUGAUGGAAAACGCUUCCAGAACGUGGCCAAGGAAGGUGUCAAAUUUGACGAGAGUGAAAAGACCAAGGAGAAGAGGGAGGCCCUGGAGAAGGAGUUUGAACCUCUCACAACUUGGCUGAAGGACAAACCUCUAAAGGACAUGAUUGAGAAGGCUGUUCUCUCUCAGAGGCUAACCAACUCACCCUGCGCCUUGGUUGCCAGUCAGUACGGCUGGUCAGGGAACAUGGAGAGGAUCAUGAAGGCACAGGCCUACCAGACAGGAAAGGACAUUUCCACAAAUUAUUACGCCAGCCAGAAGAAAACACUAGAACUCAACCCCAAACAUCCUCUUGUCAAGCAGUUGCUUAAUAGAGUCAAUACUGAUGCUGAGGAUCAGACUGCAUCAGAUCUGGCUGUGGUUCUGUUUGAGACGGCCACACUGCGCUCAGGAUACCAGCUCGCUGAUACAAAAGCUUAUGGAGACAGAAUAGAGCGCAUGCUCCGACUCAGCUUGAAUGUACCACUAGAUGAACAGAUUGAAGAAGAACCUGAGGAGGAGCCUGAAGAACCAGUAGAAGAUGACUCUGAAGAUAAAGAGGAGACUGUGGAUGAGGAUGAUGACGAAGAAACGACAAAAGACAAGGAUGAACUGUGAAGCACUGAAGGGAAGAGCGUGUAACAGUGGAGCUGGAAAAUGGACUUAAGUCUCUGUUUCAGUGCCACCGUGGUCACAUUAUUCUGGGUGGGGUCCCUGGGUUGGGGUUUUUUAAAGCAAAUAUUUGUUUUUGUUUCUUUUGUAUUACAUUCCUCAUGACUGUAAAUUUGUUAAUAUUUAACUGACCUGUUUAUGGAAAGAUGUGAUCCUGUCUAUUGAUCAAAUAAAUGUUUCGUGGAAAAAUG